AUGAUAACUUCACCUCCCGCCAAUUCUUCAAAUCCUCGACGUAGGAAGCGUAAAGAUCAAGCUUGUGAACCUUGUCGGAAGGCAAAAACACGCUGUGAUCAUACAACUCCCAUUUGCUUGCGGUGUCAACGAAAAGGUGCCGCUGCAAAUUGUGUAUAUGUGCCCUCGCAUCCUCCAAGUCAUGGCCCUUCCUCUGAACACUCGAUAUCCAAUCCCUCUCAGCCCGUCAGAGAUAUCACAGACGACUCCUUAGUGUCACCGCAAAUAUCUGGAUCCAUAGAUUCACGAAUAGAUCAUGCUGCAGCAUCAAGAAAAGUUUUGGGAUUCUAUGGUCCCACGAGUUUUUCAGCACCGUUUCUUGAUAACGAGAAUGGCCUCGUAUCGGAUGUUGACGAUGAGGCAGAAGGUACAUUUUCUGCAGCUUCGAUAACGACGCCCCCCACGUUAUCCAUAGUCACGAAUGGUCAACAAACCGCGGAAAUAUCUUUGGGAAUGAGAGUUUUGAGUCAACUUCCUGACCAAAUUACCUGUGAGUCACUCAUGGAAAAUUAUACUUUGAUAUCAAUAGAGUAUGCUUUCCACAAGCCUACUAUCCUCCACUGUAUGAAAUCCCUAUGGUCCACAUUCGGUCAAAGUCUACGACAUCCCAGGAGGCCAGAAAGACUCAGAGAGGUAGCUUACUUGUUGAGCAAAAAUACCAGCACAGAAUUUCCUGACGCUGAAGAUGGAGAUGCUUGGUUAUCUUCAAUGUCAGGUAUGAACUUUAGGUGGGAAGUUCUGGGUAUAUUAUUCUGUGUACUGGGACAUCGGACUGCUGGUAUGCGAGACAAGGAACAGGAAUACUUUUCUGAAACACAGUCAGGUAGACGAAAGAAGAGGCUUGUUUUUACGGAAGAAAUGUACGAGUGUGCUGAGGGCUGCGUAGAAAUCUGUAGUAAGAUGGAUGUAGGUAACAUUCUUAUGCUGAGUUUAUUGUGGAAAACAAACACACUUCAGAGUGAGAUCAUAGGAGACAUGUCCUUCAAAUUAUGGAGAAGACAGGGCGACAAAGUUCAUCUUGCUACAGCUCUAGGUCUUCACCAUUGUGCCAUUCGACCCGACGCCGGAGUUACGACUUCGCUAGAGAUCAAGAGGCGUAUCUUUUCUGCUAUAUUUGUCAACGAUAAGACGUUGUCGAUUUUCACUGGUAGGCCUCCUGGCCUGAGCCGUCGCUAUAAUUCAUGCCCGUUACCUCUUGAUCUCGAAGAUGAGAUCCUUCUGGCUGGAAAGGAGACCCUUCAAGAAGAAGCGAGUAAGCUGGAUGAGAAUGGUUGGAACAGAGAGGGUGAUAUAUAUUCUUCCUCGAGAAUUCGAGCAUCGAUGAUGUAUGGUGAGAUCAUAGAUGAGAUAUUGGAAAUUUCACUCGGGACUGUCAAUCAAUUCUCCGAAGCUCGUAUAAUGGACUUGCGAAAACGAAACGAAGAUAUUCAGCAGCGGCUUCCACCGUGGCUUCGUCUUUCAAGCUCUACUCCAACCAAUUCAUCUACAACUACUCAUUGGAUACAGACUGCACUCAAAUUCAAUUGUCUUCAGUGUUCAUUCAUUUUGGAACAAGUUUUCGUUAGGAAAGUCCAGGGUGACAAGCAGCCACUGCUUGACAUUUCGAGACAACUCUUGGCGCUAACCGUUUCCAUGUGGACUUCUAAAGAUCGCUUUGUGACCUAUUAUUCCGAUUAUGACUGGAUUAUCAUGUGUUACGGAAUUCCAUCAGCAGGCGUCAUAUGUGUUGAACUCAUCAAAGAGAUGGAAAACCCCGCAGCACAGCCGACCUAUUACCUGCCUCGAUCAGAAGUAAUCCAAAACCUUAGUCUAUUAGUCGGCUUCCUAGAUUGGGUAAGACCGACAGCUGCGAAUCAUGAACUAUGUGGAAGAAUGCGUCAAAUAGUCAAGAGGACCUUGGAUAAGAUUCUUGAUCCCCCUAAAACCACCAACACUCCCAAAGCGUCUACUUCUAUCGCAGUUCCGUUAUCAAAUCUUGAUUUCGAACCGAUGGUCAUGGACGACUUGGACUGGCUGGAUACUAUUGAUUGGGCAAAAGGACAAUUUAUGGACUUGCGAAUGGAGGGAUAUAAUGAAUUCUCUUGA